CAGGUACCUAAGCCAAGUCAAGAGAAGAUGGAAUUGAAUAUCUCAACCACCUUGUCUGGGCCUCUGUGAUUGUUGAGGAGGGGGCUGUCACUGGGAAAGCUGUGAGCUGCUUUGGACCUUAUCUGGGAAUUUCCUUGGGCUUGCAGCCUUUACCCUAUCCUUGAAAUGGUUCUGGCUGGGUAGCAACUUCUAGGUGGUGUGGGUGAAAUUUGGGACUGGUUUAGGGUGGGGAUAAGACCAAGAACACAAGUUUCCUUGAGCUAUGGGAGAGAGGGAGGGGAGGAAAUUGGAGACCUCAGCACCCCUUUGCUCACUCUCUUGCUCACAGUCCACGAUGGCCUGGUCCCUGGUGUUCCUCGGUGUCAUCGUCUUGCUGUCUGCCUUCUCCGGACCUGGUGUCGGGGGUGGCCCCAUGCCCAAGCUGGCUGACCGGAAGCUGUGUGCAGACCAGGAGUGCAGCCACCCUAUCUCCAUGGCUGUGGCCCUUCAGGACUACAUGGCCCCCGACUGCCGAUUCCUGACCAUUCACCGGGGCCAAGUGGUGUAUGUCUUCUCCAAGCUGAAGGGCCGUGGGCGGCUCUUCUGGGGAGGCAGUGUUCAGGGAGAUUACUAUGGAGAUCUGGCCGCUCGCCUGGGCUAUUUCCCCAGUAGCAUUGUCCGAGAGGACCAGACCCUGAAACCUGGCAAAGUCGAUGUGAAGACAGACAAAUGGGAUUUCUACUGCCAGUGAGCUCAGCCUACUGCUGGCCCUGCCGUUUCCCCUCCCUGGCUUUAUGCAAAUACAGUCAGCCCAGUGCAAA